AGACUGAAAAUCAGGAAGAGCAGUGCACUCAGCUCUUCGUAAAGAAAUAUCAGAUCUUCCUGCAGACAUGUUUGAUCUGGUAUCCUUACUUCUAUCAGUUGUUGUUAUCUUAUUUUUGAUCAAUGUUUUUUCCAAUCGGAAAGGAAAUCUUUACUAUAAUUUUCCACCUGGUCCAAAGCCUUUACCAAUAAUUGGAAACAUCCAUAAUAUGCUUAUGAAGAAACAGAAGCCUCAUAAAACUCUACAAGAGCUCUCUGAGAAGUAUGGGCCAGUAUUCAGCAUGAAGACAGGAUCUGAAAGGACAGUAAUACUGUGUGGGUAUGAUGCUGUGAAAGAUGCUCUCCUAAACCACGCAGAUGAUUUUUCUGAAAGGCCCAUUAUACCAAUCAUGGAAGAAUUAACCAAAGGAAAUGGUAUCAUUUUUGCUCAUGGUGAAAAUUGGAAAGUGAUGAGAAGAUUUGCUAUUGCAACACUAAGAGAUUUUGGCAUGGGGAAGAAAUCAAUUGAAAACAAGAUUAACGAGGAAGCUGAUGCAUUAAUUGAAGUCUUUGAAUCAUUUAAAGGAAAGCCAUUUGACAACCUAGCAAUAAUGAAUACUGCUAUAGCAAACAUAAUUGUUUCCAUAAUACUUGGCAAUCGCUUUGAAUACAAUAGUCCUGUAUUUCUCAAGCUCAUGAGAUUGAUCAAUGAAAAUAUUAAGCUGUUUACUAGCCCUUUUAUUGUUUUUUAUAAUGCAUUUCCAUCUCUGAUGCGCUGGAUACCUGGAACUCACAAAACUGUUUUUAAAAAUUACUUGGAACUGAAACAUUUUUUUGAGGAAACGUUUGUUAAAUACAAGGACCAAGUCGAUGUGAAUGACCAGAGGAACCUUAUUGAUGCAUUCAUGGUCAGACAGAAAGAGGAAAAACCCAGUCCCCAACAAUUUUUUCACAAGGACAACUUGAUAACUCUCAUGAACAGUUUAUUUAGAGCGGGAAUGGAAACCACCUCCACCACUCUUCGAUGGGGUUUUCUGCUAAUGAUGAAAUACCCAGAGAUCCAAAAAAAAGUGCACAAUGAAAUAGACAAUGUGAUUGGAUCUGCUCAGCCACAGAUGGAGAACAGAAAGCAAAUGCCAUAUACUGAUGCUGUCAUUCAUGAAAUGCAAAGGUUCGGUAACAUUGUUCCAACUGGAAUUCCACAUGCAACUAAUCGAGAUGUGACAUUCAGAGGAUAUUUUAUUCCCAAAGGAACCCAAGUCAUCCCACUACUGUCAUCUGUCCUGCAAGAUAAGGCUUAUUUUGAGAAACCAGAAGAGUUUUAUCCUGAGCAUUUUCUAGAUUCAAAAGGAAAUUUUGUGAAAAAUGAAGCAUUCCUGCCUUUUUCAGCUGGGCGAAGAAGCUGUGCCGGGGAAACAUUGGCAAAAAUGGAGUUAUUCAUCUUUUUUACGAGGCUUAUGCAGAAAUUCACAAUCCAACCUCCACCUGGGGUUAAGGUGGAGCUCACCCCUAACAGUGGAUUCACCAUGAGUCCUUUAAUGCAAGAAAUGUGUGUUUUGCCUAGAAACUAGAGCAAACCUAAACAAGAUAAUUCAGAGGAUUUUGCAAACAAAAUGCCUAAUGACAAUAUUAG